AGGAAGGAGGUAAUGAGCCAAGCCAAGAUCUCUGUUGACGAUGACGGCGUGGAGCCUCAAGUUUGUGUCAUAGAGUUAGGGGGCACGGUGGGGGACAUCGAGAGCAUGCCAUUCAUCGAGGCCUUCAGACAAUUUCAGUUCAAAGUGAAAAAAGAGAACUUCUGCAAUAUCCACGUCAGCCUUGUUCCACAGCCCAACACAACAGGAGAGCAGAAGACUAAGCCGACCCAAAACAGCAUGCGGGAGCUGCGGGGUCUCGGACUGUCUCCCGAUGUGGUCAUGUGCCGCUGUACAACGCCCUUAGAAACUGCAGUAAAGGAAAAUAUCUCAAUGUUUUGUCACAUGGAGCCCACACAGGUGAUCUGUGUCCAUGAUGGGCCUUCAGUUUACAGAGUUCCUCUGCUGCUGGAGGAACAAGGCAUCGUUGGCUACUUCUGCCAGAGAUUAAACCUUGCUAUUGAGAUGAGGAUGCUCUCCAAGUGGAAGGAGAUGGCUGACAGAUCCGACCGUCUCCUGAAGCACGUUUCCAUAGCCCUGGUGGGCAAGUACACAGAGCUGUCAGACUCCCACACCUCUGUCAUUAAGGCCCUGGAGCACUCGUCCCUCGCCAUCAGUCACAAGCUAGUGGUCAAGUACAUAGACUCGGCCGACCUGGAGCCCGGUACAUUGCAGGACGAGCCGGUGAAAUAUCACGAAGCCUGGCAAAAACUCUGCAGCGCUGACGGCGUGUUGGUGCCAGGAGGAUUUGGGGUGAGAGGUACAGAAGGCAAGAUGCUGGCUAUAAACUGGGCAAGAAAACAGAAUAAGCCUUUCCUAGGUGUUUGUUUGGGCAUGCAGCUGGCCGUGUGCGAAUUCGUCCGCAAUGUUCUAGGCUGGGAAGACGCCAACUGGACAGAGUUCAACCCCAACUCCAAAUACCCAGUGGUGAUUGACAUGCCAGAGCACAAUCCAGGACAAAUGUGGAACACUCUUGCUUCUGGGUGGGUUCUCAGGACCAUCCAAGGACGACAUUGUCGUGAGCAGGUUUGA